AUGUCUGACGAACAUGUGAGAAACUUCCAUGUAAUGCCUGACUUUAGUAAGACUAUUGAAGAUUUUACUGGAGAAAGUGGACCCCAAGAUGCUAAAUUGUGGCUCAAGCAAUUAGAAACCACAGCAAAUUUGCAUUCAUGGCCACAAGCGUUUGUAUUUGAGACGGCACGAAGUCACUUAUGUGGAGCAGCAAAAUUUUGGUAUAGAGGUCGUAAUGAUAUAACAGAUUGGACAAAAUUCAAAACCGCAUUUGCUAACACAUUUUUAAUGAGUAAAUCUAAAACCGAGUUAUGGAAAGAAAUGCAGUCACGCAUUCAAGGCAUAAAAGAAAAUGUCAGUGUAUAUUUCCAUGAGAAAAUAACUUUAUGUCGAGAACUGAAUUUAGACUUCGAGGAAACCAAAGAGCAGGUAGUCAUAGGAUUAUGGUCAAAGGAACUAGCUAAUUUCCUAAUCACUAAAGUUCAUAAAGAUGAAAACGAACUCUUUAAAGAUAUUUUGCAUUAUGAAAGAAUUAAAUCAGCUCGAGUAGAACGAGUACAUGAGAGGAAUAGUAAAAUUAAUAAUGAAAGUAGUGUACCGGAUACAAUGAAAGAAUAUGUUAACAAGAAAAAUUUAAGGCCGCCUUUGAAGAAUGAAAAAGGAGAAAUGAAAUGUUACAAUUGUGAUGAAUACGGACACAUAGCCAAGCAGUGCCAAAAGGAGAAACGGGUUUACACAUGUUUACGUUGUAAUGAGGAAGGUCAUAUAGUUCGUCAUUGUACGAAACCAAAACCAAUGGAGAGAGGAGAAGUUAAAUUAAUUAACAAUGGACUGACAAAUUCUAUGGCCAAAUACAUUAAGACUGUGACAUUAGAUGGAGUAGAUUAUAUAGCUAUGAUAGAUCCUGGUAGUAGUGAUUGCACCAUUAAAGCAACACCUGCCAUUUCGGGUAGCUUUCAAAUAAACAAAGAAGAAUGUGAUUUCAAAGGAUUUGGUAAUGUUGCAAAUUUAGUAAAAUUAUGUUGA